AUGACAGAUGCUCCUCCACCACUACCAUCCUUCUGCAUGUCAAGGAGGUGCCCACGCCAAAUAAAGCCAUGCAAGCACGGCGUGCUCGUGCUACCUAGAAGGUGUUCAUUCUGUGGGAAGGCAUAUGAUGAUGUCAGUGAACUGGUUCAGAAGGUCCCCGAUGGUUGCAUAUUUACCAUUGUCUCUGACUCAUGCCACAGCGGUGGCCUGCUUGAGAAGGCCAAGGAGCAGAUAGGCGACAGCACCAGGGAGAGUGAGACCCAGUCCGGUGAACCCGAGGAGUCAUCCGAUUCGCCGACUGGCUUCCGGUCCUUCCUCAAAGACACUGUCCGGGACGUGUUCAAGUCCCAUAGCCGCCGCUUCCGAAGCCGACACGGAAGCGACGACGAUGAGGAGGCAGAUGCACAGGUAGAAGCAGAAGCAGAAGCAGACGGGGAUGACCACACCAAGAGUCGGUCGCUGCCGCUGUCAACACUCAUCGAGAUGCUCAAGCAGCAGAGCGGGAAGGAGGACGUCGACGUGGGCUCCAUCCGGAUGACCCUGUUCAACUUCUUCGGGGAGGACGCCAGCCCAAAGGUCAAGAAGUUCAUGAAGGUCAUGUUCCUCAAGUACUGCGAGGGCAAGCUGGGCGAGCAGGACGGCGUGAUGGGCAUGGUCGGUGGCCUGGCCUACAAGCUCCUCAAGGCCAAGCUUGAAGGCGGCGACGAGGAGGAGGAUGCUUUGAGGCCGGCGAUGGAGCAGGAGGUUGGCGGGGAAGAGGAGGUGUACGCGGGGGCCAGGUCGUGGGCACCUACCAACGGCAUCCUCAUCAGCGGGUGCCAGAGCAGCCAGACGUCGGCGGACGCAACCACGGCGCAGGGCUCCUCGUUCGGCGCGCUCAGCAACGCCAUCCAGACCAUCCUUGAAGGGGAGGAGGGAGAGGUGACCAACAGGGAUCUCGUCAUGGGAGCACGGAAGGCGCUGGCCAAGCAAGGAUACGCUCAGCAGCCUGGCCUCUACUGCAGUGAUGAGCUCCUCCAUGUGGCUUUCAUUUGCUGAAAACAUGCAUGGAUUGAUGGUGUGCUUUGUUUCUU